UUCAGCGACGUCGAGAUGGGCGAGAUCAUCAUGGGCAACAUCGAGCUCACCCGCUACACGCGCCCGACGCCCGUGCAGAAGCACGCCAUCCCCAUCAUCAAGGAGAAACGGGACCUGAUGGCCUGCGCCCAGACCGGCUCCGGCAAGACGGCCGCCUUCCUCCUGCCCAUCCUGAGCCAGAUCUACACGGACGGCCCCGGCGAGGCCCUGCGCGCCGUGAAGGAGAACGGCAAGUACGGUCGCCGCAAGCAGUAUCCCAUCUCCCUGGUCCUGGCCCCGACCCGGGAGCUGGCGGUGCAGAUCUACGAGGAGGCCCGCAAGUUCUCGUACCGCUCCCGGGUCCGCCCCUGCGUGGUGUACGGGGGCGCGGAUAUCGGCCAGCAGAUCCGAGACUUGGAACGCGGGUGCCACUUGUUGGUGGCCACCCCGGGGCGGCUAGUGGACAUGAUGGAGCGCGGCAAGAUCGGACUGGACUUCUGCAAGUACCUGGUGUUGGACGAAGCGGACCGGAUGUUGGACAUGGGCUUCGAGCCUCAGAUACGAAGAAUAGUUGAGCAAGACACCAUGCCCCCGAAAGGUGUCCGCCAUACUAUGAUGUUCAGUGCCACUUUCCCCAAGGAAAUACAGAUGCUGGCCCGAGAUUUCUUGGAUGAAUAUAUCUUUCUGGCCGUAGGACGAGUCGGGUCCACCUCGGAGAACAUCACGCAGAAAGUCGUGUGGGUGGAAGAGGCAGACAAGCGAUCGUUUCUGCUCGACCUCCUGAACGCGACAGGAAAGGAUUCCCUGAUCCUGGUGUUUGUGGAGACCAAAAAGGGUGCGGAUUCUCUGGAGGAUUUCUUAUACCAUGAGGGAUACGCCUGUACCAGUAUCCACGGAGACCGAUCUCAGCGCGAUAGAGAAGAGGCCCUCCACCAGUUCCGAUCCGGAAAAAGUCCAAUUCUCGUGGCUACAGCCGUAGCGGCAAGAGGACUGGAUAUUUCCAACGUGAAACACGUCAUCAAUUUUGACUUGCCUAGUGACAUCGAAGAAUAUGUGCAUCGAAUUGGUCGUACAGGUCGUGUCGGAAACCUUGGCCUUGCCACCUCAUUCUUCAAUGAGAGGAACAUAAAUAUUACCAAAGAUUUGUUGGAUCUUCUCGUUGAAGCAAAGCAAGAAGUGCCAUCUUGGCUAGAAAACAUGGCUUUUGAACACCAUUACAAGGGUGGCAGUCGUGGACGGUCCAAGAGCAGAUUCAGUGGAGGAUUUGGUGCCAGAGACUAUCGACAAAGUAGUGGCGCCAGCAGUUCCAGCUUCAGCAGCAGCCGGGCUGGCAACAGUCGCAGUGGUGGUGGAGGAGGCGGCCACGGCAGCAGCAGAGGGUUUGGUGGAGGUAGCUAUGGAGGCUUUUACAACAGUGAUGGAUAUGGAGGAAAUUAUAGCUCCCAGGGGGUUGACUGGUGGGGUAACUGA